AUGGAGCAGACCACUGCUGCUCCAACGACUGCCAAUGCGUCUGCCAAUAUCACCUUCACCUUUGAGGAGCAGGCGAUGGCAUCUUGCUCUCUGUAUGCGAUGUCCCUAUUGUGCAUCAUCGUAGGUGGUAUCCGUUCUGCGAAUUUUGUGAAAUAUCAGAUGAGCAAAAAACGGUUACUUGAGGCGUCCAUCUCCCUGUCCGAAGCAAAAAAGUUCCCACUCACUGCUUCAGCUGUUCUUUUCUCACUCUAUCUUUUCUUCAAACCUGAUGGACGCGAAUGGCUUAUGGGACUCGGUGGUAGGCAUCUGCCUGAAACCUAUUCGGCGAUGGUCAACAAGACACUUGCUAAGAGUGAAGGUCCAGGUCUUUUCUCAAGAAUCGAGCAACGUCUGCCCGAAAAUAUGCGGCCAUACCUGGAAUAUGUUCCUUCUCUAACCAAAGAUCACUUCAUGAAAUUCUUGCUAGUUUUGCUAUGCUACGAAGGAUGUGUGGCACUCGCGGCGAUUCUGAAACCACUGUUCUCAUUUGUUCUUUCACGGCUUCCCAUUGGCGAUCGUCGGCCUCGCCUAAAUCUACCUUACUUCCUUUCUCUCAAACAAGGGAACAAAGAAAUGGACCAAGGAGAUAUCGAAGAUGCGAAGAAGAGUGACUUUGUAAGUCUAUAGCA